AUGUGUAGAUUCGAUGAUCUGGAGAGUUUUCUCAGUUGUGCACCCGCUCUCAAAUAUUUGACGAUCCUUGCACCUAAAAAUCGACAACUAACCGAUGCAAACCGUUGGCAGGAUUUGAUCACAAAAUCAUUAUGUCAACUGCAAACAUUCAAAUUCAUAUUUGCCAGUCAUUUGAUCGAACAAUACGAACAAUUCCAAAGAUGGAAAGUUCAUAUAUAUUUACACAAUUUCAUAUCCGCAGAUUUCACUCGGUGUAAAAAUCCAAUGAUUAGCGAUGUUGACGUUUUCGAUAACGUCACAGAAUUAACAUUAUUCAUAAACUUCGAUAUGAAAACAGACGAAUUCUAUUUCUAUCAUAUUCAUUCGGUAAUAUUGAAAAUAGACGGUCGAAUAGCGUUACAGCACGAACAAUCUGUUCAGCCAAUAACAAAAAUGAUAAAUUUGUUUAAUUUGAAACACAUCUGUAUUCAACAGGGAAUAUGUGCAGGUGUUGUAAUAGAACUUUUACGACAGUCGCCACAAUUGACUUCGCUGAGUAUUAGUCCGCAAAUGUUGAUGUUAUUCAUUCGAAAUCGUGAAUUAUUUUGCAAUCGUUAA